UGGUGAUCGCAUCUUGACUGUUGUAACGAGGGAGCAAUCCACCGCCGCUUCUGCAUCGACCGCCACUUCUCUCCACGGAAAGGGCUGUCCACGAGUGUUCGAUCGGUCAAGAACAUCUCUAUCUAUACAGUCGCCGCGUCGAGCACACUCGAGCGCUGCAUUCCCGUUGACAUCACGAGGAAAAACACUCGUGACAGUGCCAUUUCCAUCGUGACGUCGUCUACACCAAGUCCAAGCAACAGUCACAAACGAAUGGAACCCGACACGUCAUCUGAUUCAUCGUCUGUUUCCUCCAACGUCCCCAAGUCAUCGUCGACGACACAACUCAACGAGUCGGACAAGCGCCGACGUCUCCUACAAGACCCCUCCACCUCCCACAUGGAUGCAGCAACAGGACUUCCGUUGAACCCUCAACAGAGCCAACUCCUACGCAUCGUGUACGAAGAUUUGCGAAAGCAGGCAACUGUCGGGUGGCACAACGCCGUGAACUCGUUCGAAAUUGCUCAUGCCCACUUGCACGAACCUGAGACGCAAGAGUUCUUGCAACUGUGCUUUGCUCAAGUUGUCAACAUCAUGCUCGAUCAAAUGACGUCAAAGAUGGCAGUCAACGAGAAGAAUUGUGUCAUCCGCACGCUAACCAAGGGUACAGUUCUCUGUCUGGCACAAAUCCAGAACCCCCAAUCGCCACCGUCUUGUCGCCUCACGUACUUAUCGCACAUGGCGUUGAUUCUCAACAAGCAAAAGCACUUUUACAAGGAAUUCCGAGGCUCGAGUGUGUCCCACCACAUGAUGGGACAAUACUGGAACAAGUCGCCCUCGGGGUGUCCCGAAGUCCGGAUGCAGUGCCUUGCCCUCUUCAAUGAAGGCCAUGGGUUUUCCAUGUUGACUCAAACGCUCGAGCAGUACGUUGUCGACGCCGACAAGGGCGUCGCGUUUCUCCAGACUGUGCCCAUGGACGACCUGAAGCUGCUCCUUCAAGGGCUAUACGAUGUUCGCGGCCAAGUUGACCCGAUGUGUAUCCAUCGGCUGCUUCAAGCUGUGUUGUCGUUGCUGCUCGUGUUGCCGGCGGCUGAGUUGAAGAAGGAGCCGACCGACUCAAUUGGGCACAUGCUGCACUUAAUCCAGCGGUUCAUCGAGCUAGAAAAAACCAAAGACGAUGCACUGGCGCUGCAGGACGCGGUCUUGGACGUGAUCGGACGAUUCAUUGAAUCCACUUCGUUGCCACAACGGUUGUUCGGGUUUGAGCAGUUGGGCUCCGUCGUCCAACUUGCACGGCGAUCGACGCCCCUGCCCGUGUCGUAUCAAGUCACGGGAGCAGGGUCAGACAUUGUGAAUGGCGUGUACAAAUUGGUCAUACCAGCCACUCCGUCGUCCACGUUGCCCGUGCCUGGAACAUACAUCAAACAAGAAAUCAAUGCAGUGUCCUCGCACCGCCAUCAUCCUUCCCCUGUGACGCCGCACCCCAUGACGUUGUUUUGCUGUACGAUGAAGAAUGGGUCCAAGAUGUGGUUCCUGUCUGAGGCAGAUCAAGCCCAACCCGGCACAGACCAAGACAUCGACUACUACCACCAUCCAUCUGCUGGGGACGAGAUCAUUCCGCCGUUGUCGCAUUGGGUACCGACGGGCCAAGGCAUUGGCCCGAGUCCGCUGUUGAUUCCAAUUCGAGCCGCCGAGUGUAUACCCGCCGACCCCACGCGUUUGGAUCAGCGCGUCCUGGCAUUUGUCGAAGAGAAGAAACUGCUGAAUGAAAUCUUCGGUGACCGCAUGCAUCGAGAAAUUGUCGUGCGAAGUGCGUCGUUGCUGCGCUUCUUGGCUGAAGCUGGACAGCUCACGGACGACCGCCUCCAGCAUAUAUGGACCUCGGCAACCGGCAAGGAAGAAUCGCUCGUGACGGAAAUUCACACGUUGGUGGUUACGUCGAUGCUUGUGUACUUGAACGACGCGCAAGUAGCGUCGUUUUUGUCGUUUUUGCUCAGCCAACCGGCCUCAGCGCUAAGUGACGUUGCGCUGUUUGUCGACAAGUUGGCUGCGACAUACCGCACUGUGCUCCACCGGGUCAACACCACCGUCACGGUCAUGUGCUUGCGUUUGAUUUGGCGAAUUCAAAACUCGUCCGACCCGCAGGCCAAAGAUGCUUGUAGCACUUCGGAAGUCGUCGAAUUGUUUCAAACAGGUUUGCAAAGUCCAUCUGGCGAAAAGGAGCGCUGGCUAUUUGUCAAAGAAUGCAUUGACGUUCUCCGCGUGUCGGCGCAAACGAUCGGCGCGCAGUUGAGUGCAGAACAAGAAGUGGCCACGACGCGGAGUUUGGAGCUCCUGAAAGUGCUCUUUGAGUCGUCGUCCGACGGCAGCGCCAGCGGUGGCAUCGUCGACAAGGUCAACUCGACGUACGGUCUCGUACAGCUGCUCUUCGACGAAUUGGCUGCGUUUGUCCAGCGCCAAACGAUAGAGUCCGCCCUGCGCCACCGUCUCGACCUCAUCCAUUACAUCUACGGCAAAUCGCACGCCCUCGAAAUGACCCAAGCCCAAGUGCGAUCCCUCUGGACUGUGCUGUCCAAGCAAGGUGGCAGCGUUUACCGCGACUUGUGCUGGUUGUUUCUCGCCGAGUCGAGCGUUUUCGCCCAAGACAACGUCGCACCGUUCAAUGUGGCCGUUUGCGAGUACAUCUUCAACGACUUGAUCUGCAACCCGAAGGAAACAGACUUUAGCGCGCUGAGCGAGUCUGGAUUUGCGUGUUUCCUCAUGUAUUUUAUCGGGAUCAAUGCCCAUCACCACUACUUGAUUCGGUCGACGACGAACAACUCGAUUCGUCGGAUUUUGUCGUUUGAGGCGCUAAUCGGCCUCGACGCCUUGUGGGAAAUGGCCAUCUACGGCCUCCCCAACGUGUCCAAGUCAGCAAUCGUGGAGCUCCUGAACGUGUACGUUCAAGUCGACAGCACUCUCGCGGACAAAGCAACCCAGCAUUUUCUCCAGCACGUGUUUGACGUGCUCAAACGGUCCUCCUCCGACGUCCACGUCGUCCAGCAUUGUAUGCAUUUGCUCACGGGGUACAUGAACCAGAGCCCGAUCAGCGCCGCGGUAUUGCACGGCAAGCGUUCACGUGGUGCGCCUUUGACCCUCGAGUGCGUGGUGCAGCGCAUGCCUUCGUCGAUGCUCGAGAAAAUUCCACCAUUUACGCUCCAUGUGUCCUCGAACAACACUCUUGGCAGCGUGCGGCAGUUGGUGGAAGCGCAGCUGCGCCAUCCAUUGACCCAAACAAAGUUGCUCGUGCAAGGCGCGCCGUUGAUUGGUGACGGGAAAACGCUCAGCGAGUUUCCACAAUUCAUGCAAGACAGUAAGCCGAGCGUCGAAGUCACGAUUGUGCUGUUUCAAACUUACGUCACCAAGGACUUCACCGGGGCCGACUCUGCGUCUGCCGGCCAGCCGCAUCACCUCGGCACCCUGCUUUCCCAGUGCGAGUCAUACUUUGACGUGUUGUUUGGGCUGCUCGAUCGAUACCAGGAGAAGCAAGAUACCGAGACCCAUGCAAUUGUCCUGGAUGUCAUCGCAAACUUACCGACCCAAACGAACCUCCUCGAUCUGGUGUCACAGCCCCUUGAGCGCUCGGAAAGCUUGCAGAAAUGGUUGACGUACAACACAUCGUACCACAAAGCUGUGUACGUGCUCGAGAUUAUUGACGGGUGCCUCAUGCCCGUUCACGGCCAAGCGUCCCCUGCAUAUGUGGCGUCAUUUAUUAAGUACGGCCUGGACCAAGUGGUACAUUUUCUGUUUGAAAAUCGCGUGAACGAACACGGAAUGGCGGUGGCGAUUCGACUGGUCAAGUUUUGCGUGCUAGACGCCAGCAGCUCGUCGUCUAAGUCGGUCCACAUGUCGGCGGGUCAAGUUGCCUCGCUCAUGACCCAACUCAGUGCGCUUGUGCUGCGCACAGCUCUUUCUCCUCGCAUUGUGAUCGAUGCUCUCCAAAUCAUGCAAGCAAUUUCUGUCCACAUGCCCUUUCAGCUCCCGGAUCCGUGGCCGAUGCAAUCAACUUUGCUGCAUCCUGAGGAACAAAUACGAGUCCAAUGGUUUGCAACGUUGCAAACGCAGCCCAAUGUGAUGCAGCUCAUCACGCCUGCCCUCCAGGCGCUCCAACAUUCGCUCCCCAUCGACAGCGACCGGGGCACUCAAUUGUUUGCUCUGCUGAAGUUUUUGGUACCUCAAAUGAACCCCGACCACGUCGAGGAGCUCGAGGCAGCGCUCGUCGGUCUCUUUCAGCCGGCCAUGUCCAACUCGGUUCUGUUGGGUUCACUGACGAUUUUGCAAACCAUGUGCGUCCAACCGACGUUGUCGGCACGGGCACGCCAGCAGAUUCUCAAUGUUGCGUACGACAAGUGCUUGUUUGCGUCCGGGACGAAGUGCUUGUGCGCCACGCCCGAGACACGCAAAGCAGCGUACGCAGUCGUCGCGCAACUCGCGUCGAUCCAUGCGACAGAAUUGCACGCGAAGCUAUCGUCGCUGAUCGAAACGACGAAGAGUACGAACGCGUCGUGGGGCCAAGAAGUGAACGUGAUCGCGCGUGGGCCUGACGACCACGUCGGCUUGAAGAACCAGGGGUGCUCGUGCUACAUGAAUUCGUUUUUGCAGCAAAUGUUCAUGUACCCUCCGAUUCGACAAGGGCUGUUGGCGGCCGAAAUUCCGCUCGACAGAUUUCCCGAGAUUCCAGAAUCCGAAUUGAACCUUCAGCAGUUGGUGCAAACCAACCCCACGAGCUUGAUCGGGCGACGGAUUAUGAAUGAAGCAAACAACGGCCGAUCGUUUGAGGCGGUCAUAACGGGAUACGACCCCCAGACCAAGUUUCACCUCAUUAAGUACGAUGAAGGUAGCACUGACGUUCGGCUCAAACUGUGGGGCAAAGAAGCAAUGAGUCGAGUGACGUUGUUGCCCCCGGCGUUGCAAGGCGACGAUGCGACUGUCGAAGUCUUGCGACAGGUCCAGCGCACGUUUUGGUACCUUAAGGAGAGCGAGAUGCGAUAUUACAACCCGAAAGCACUGGUGGAAGCGUGCAAGUGCUUGAACUUGGAAUUCUCUGUGUACCAACAAAACGACGCGAGUGAGUUUUGCGAUAAAUUGCUCGAUCGGUUGGAAAUUGGACUGGGCAAAACCCCUCAAGGCGCGGCGUGUUUGCAGUCGCACUUGGGUGGCAAGUUGAUUUCACAAAAGUUGCCAAAGGGAUGUGGCCACCGCUUCGAACGUGAAGAAGCGUUCAUUCGCCUCGAGUUGCAAAUCAGAGGCAAGGAGAGUAUUGAAGAGUCGCUCUCGGCAUUUGUCGAGGGCGAGCUUAUGGACGGCGACAACAAGGUCGAGUGCGAAUUGUGUGGCGAAAAGAAAGCUGCUAUCCGACGCACGUGCUUUGGCGCGUUGCCCCAGUUGCUCGUGCUACACUUGAAGCGCUUCGACUUGGAUUAUGCCACGUUUGAAACAGUGAAACUGAACAAUCGAUGCUCGUUCCCGCUGGAGCUCAACAUGAAGCCGUACACAAAGCACGGCCUCGAGGAAAAAUCCGACGACGACAACGAUGAUGACAACGAAACCAAGGACGUCAACAUGGCAGAACACGCCGACAAGGACGACGCCGAAUACACGUAUCAUCUGCGCGGGGUCCUCGUCCAUGCAGGAGUUGCCCAGGGCGGCCACUACUACUCGUUCAUCAAAGACCAAGCUGUGGGGAAAUGGUUCAAGUACGACGACGAAGACGUGACGCUGUUUGACCCGGCCAACAUUGAAGCCGAAUGCUUUGGUGGGAUGCAAAAACGAACGUCGUCGUGGAAUGGUGUGAGCAACACAAUGGAGAUGGAGGUGUUUAGCAACGCGCUGAUGCUGUUUUACGAAAAAGUGAGUGUGGUUCCGCCGCCGUCUCUUGCCUUUCCACCCGUUGUGAAUGCUGCGAUCAACACGAACCCGAUCGCGCAGCAAGUGUGGGCUGCCAACGAUCUCUUUCUACGACACUCGUACGUGUUUGACACGGCGUUUGACGAAUUCAUCAAGCAGAUCGUGACCGCUCGAUCGACCGACUUCAAGUGGCUUCAACUUGGAAUGCAAUUCGUCCUGGCCAUCGUGCUGCGGUAUCGUGACAAGAAAGGAUUUGGACGAUGGCUGUCCCUAUUCCACGACGGAUUUGUUACGUGCCCAGAAUUUGCCACAUGGCUCUUGCAAGCACCGGAUCUCUCGAUGUUCUUUACGGAAUGCCCCGACCCGAAUGCCCGUCAAACGGUCGCGAGACUCCUCUCCCGCGCUGCGACCGCCGUGGCUGCGUUCCCCAACCAUGACACUGCGCUGACCCAAUUGAGCACGCGCAUCGCAGACUGGUGUGUGCCCCCUCUCGUCGAUGAAUAUUUCACGCUGGUCCACAACAUUGCGACGUUGUCUCCGGUGAUUCGCGAACGCCUACAGCGGUAUCAAAUGGUGAGUCGAUUGAUACAUGUGUUACUCGGUGCGCGGUCGUACCCGCGACUGGUGCAAGCGUACGGCCCUGCGGGGGAGACCCCCUUGGAGUGCCAGGCAUUGUUUGACGCCAUCGGCGCACUCUUGGGCUUGACACGAAACUCGCCCGAGCCGCUCUUGGCAGAACAGACCCGUCCCACCGCUCAGAAUCCAUUUCCCAAGAUCAUCCUGAGUGUACGGGCCAGAAGUGCGUUUGCCCUGCUCUUUGAAGAAUAUUCCGUCGACGGCAUAAUGGGUGUGAAAGAGCUGCAGAAAUAUUUCCGCGUUUGUGGCACGACUGUCGCGACCGCCAAGCUCACGGCCAAGAAAAUCAAAGCGAUCUUAGCCAAGUGGCCGCGGUUGGAUUUGGACGCUUGGCUCGAAUAUUAUACGGAACUCGCUGCCACGACAUCCAAGCAAGUGUUGAGCGACCUGAAAGCCCAUGGUUUCCGAGAAAAUCUCCAACGACCGCCCGCGGUACAGGCCCUGGAACCUGCGGCCCUAUUGCUGCAACACCUUCCUCCGUUGUGUCGUGAAGCCAUCGUCCACGAGGUGUUUAUCGAAGUGGCACUGGAAGAAGACGCUGAAGCGGUCGCGGAGUUGCUCGUGCGAGUGAGCUUGGGCAAUGCUGCGACAUCCACACUUGUGAUCAAGAGCGUGUUGGCAGCAUUGUAUCAUGCGGAAUUGGGUUGGAAAGGACAACCAAUUGUGGACGCGGCCGUGCUGAUCUUGACGCAACUGCUCACGUUCGACGAAGCGAACGCCGCGUCGCUGAUCGAGUUGACAAUAGUGCAAACGACGUAUUCGCUGCUCGUGGCAGCGACCGAUCGCGUAAAGGUCUACUCGCAGUAUGGCACGGCGCCGGCACUGUUUAUCUACAGGUAUAUUACCAUCUUGAUGGAUCUGCACAAAGUCCCGAGUGUCGGCCGGUGGCUACAAGCUCGUGUCACCGACUGGGUCUGGACCUACGAGUGGCUUCGUGUGGAAAGUUUGAAGCCAAGUUUGGGCGGUCGGGUGGCCGUGUUGUACCGCGAUCCAGGCAAGUUGGAGACGUUGAUGGCACUGGGUGAACUGUUGCAUGUGCCGUUCACCCCGGAUGAGAAGAGCUACACGGUGUCGGACGCUGGGUUUGCCCCCGUGAAUGGCGUGUACUCGAUGCAGCAGCACCAACGCCAUGACGGGUGCCCCGUGUUUUGUAUGACGAGCCCCAUCAACCACGUCGAGUACACACUGUUUCGAUGUGAAAUGCCCAGCAAGACCCACCGGUGGUACAUCUCGCACGCGGACAACCGUCAAACGCUGGGUACGAUGACGGACGUCGAUUAUUACUACUGCUUGUGUACGGUCCAUGAUGAUACUCCACCGGAAGAUGGAUGGAAAGUGUGGUCGAAGAACCCGGACGCCGUGGGCCCCACGCCCCAUAUUACGCUGCACUCGUGUUCGGUGACGGCGGACGAUCUCGACGUGACUGGCCACGGCACGCACCAUCUUGGCGGGGGCACAAAGUUUGUCGUCCCCGAAGUCGACAUGGACGAAGAAGACCAGACUGUCGAGUACGAAGACAGCGAAGAGGAAAUCCGGGUGAGCAACGAACGGUUCCAAGCUGUGCAUUUGGAAUCGCCGUCGGAAGGUAGCAUCACCGGUGGUGGAAGGCUCUAAAAAUGCGACCCACUCGCCAUCGUUUUUAUAAUCCACCAUGAAGGACGGAUGUAGUUUCGAUGAGAAUGGCGUCCAUGUGUUUUCGUCGCUUACUUGCUGAUUGAUUC